CUCUCUCUCUCUCUCUCUCUCCACAACCCCCUACUAGCUCCGGCUCCCUGGCCCCCUCACCCCAGUCCCUGCACCCGCCCCCCCUGCGCUCCUGUUCGCCAGCCCGCACGUCGAGAAAGCGAGAGAGACAGCGAGUCUCCACGAGCGAGGAGACACUCCGCUGCCCCGCUACGAAUGGCCCGAGGGAACGCCUGCUGACUGCUUCCCUCCUCCCUCCUGUCUUCUUUCUUUCUUCGAAAAAAAAAAGAAAGAUGGAUUGCCCCAAUGUGCCUGCCAUUGUAGUGCCCCCAAGCACGCGGGUCGUCCGCAAGGUCGUCGCCCUCAUGGCGACCCUGGCCAUGCUGUUGGUGGCUGUUUUCCCGACCCCGGGCGCUGCCAUCCCUCCCCCGAAUACCCAGUACCCGGACACAUUCGACAAUAAGUUCCAGCCGACGCACCGCCUCCGACGCCUGGCGGUCAUUCCUACGCCGCAGGCGUCGCACCGUUUGUCCCGGCGCGAGCUCUUCCACUCCGCAGACAAGGAUGGCAACUCGCCAGGCCAGGCUCCAACCAACACGCCGGGCCAGCUGACUGCGCGAUUCGUCGUCCGCGACCCUCGGCGGUCGCUGCAUGACUUUGAGGACCACUCCAACCCGUACCAUGAGGCGGAGGCUUUCACCUCGGUCGAGGUCCGAUCCUUCCCCUUUGUCAACUCGCUGGCCAGCCCGCUGAGCGCGCGCCGAGUGAAGCAUGAACGCCGGAAUCCCGCCUCGACGGCCAUCCGCCAGCGUUACGGAGAUCGGAUCGACAUUUCCCUGCCGCUGGACGAGGGAUCCUUGUGUGAUCUUCAGCUGGAGAUCGACAAGGAUCUCAUUGCUCCGGGAUUCGUGUUGAAGGCUGAGGGUCCCAACGGCGAGAUGGUCGACAUGACCGACAAGUUCGAGCAUAUCUACUACCGUGGAUCCGCCAAGCAUCCCGUCCUCGGGCAGGGUUCCGCCCGGGUGGCCAUCCAUCACCUGGAUUCGGCGACCGGCACUGCGGUCCUCGAAGGGCUGGUGGACUUCUCCCAUGCCCCCGAGGGGUCGGCCUUCGCGCGGCGUUCUGUCGUUCAUUCGGCCGAUCGGUCGGGCGACCGGCUGUUCCGUAUCCAGCGCCGUCUGACUUUCGAGCGGGCGGCUCUGUCCCAGCUGCCGACCGAGGACUACAUCCCCUCGAGUGCCGCGCGCUCAAGCCGGAACAUUCCCUCCGAGGGAGAUGCUUUCCUCAGCACCCAGCCGGAGCCCAUGGAUGGGGCCUUCUUCCGCAUUCGGCGAAAGGCCGUGCGUACGCGGUCGAGCGCCGCCGCCGCCGCCGCCACCGCCACUGCCGAGCCGACCGAGCAGCAUGUCGACGAGGAAUCCUUCCCCGCGGAGGCUGACGACACUCUGAUCGUGUCGGACGAUGUGUCCAUGGUGGUCUUCCGCCAGUCGGACGUGGAGUUGAUCCCUGGCGGCCCGGUUCCCACCUGUGGCAAUGAUCACCACCAUGAGCAUGCGUCUGCCUUGUUGGAGACCCCCUCUGCCGAGGAGGAUGGCUUCAUGCCAGACGUCCAGGCUGCAGCGCAGCAUGUUUCCCAUCUCACCCACAACCCCUAUAGUCUGGAGGAAGUCCGUGCCAUGGCUCCCUUUGCCGGGUGUCCCCUGACCCCCAAGGUCCUGUACAUGGGGUUCGCCUCCGAUUGCACUUACUCCACCUUCCGUGGUGGCGAUGUCAGGGACAUCUCCGAGUACAUCCUCAACAACGUGCAAAUGGCCAACAAUGUCUACGAGCCACUUUUCCAUACCUCGCUCGGUGUCAUCGAGCUGAGCAUUCGUCUCUCCUGCAGCGACCAGCCAUCCUGGAAUCGCGGCUGCAUGGACAAGUAUGACAUCGCCGAGCGCCUGAGUGACUUCAGCCACUGGCGUGGAGGGCUGUCUUCCGACAAGCCGGAGACCGGCACUGAGGCCGGCCUUUGGCAUCUGAUGAGUCGCUGCGCCUCUGGAAAUACGGUUGGCAUUGCCUGGGUGAACAUGCUCUGUCAAGUUCGGUCCUUUGCGCAGAGCAGCUCCUACGUGUCUGGCACUGCCGUGUCGACCCCCACCUCCGAGGAGUGGCUGAUUGUGGCCCAUGAGAUUGGUCACAAUUUCGGUGCCAAUCACGACUGCAUGAACUCCGACUGCCCGAAGGGUGACAAGUGCUGUCGGUGCUCCGAGGCUUCGGAUGGGUGCAACUGCGCGCAGCAGUAUAUUAUGAACCCCCUCUCGUCCAGCAGUCAGAGCAGCUUCUCUGAGUGUUCGCAGCGGGUCAUUUGCAGCCGAAUGGCCUCGGACAGGAGCAGCUGUCUGGCGGACCCCGGCGGUCGAGAGCUGCUCAACCGGAAUAUGUGCGGCAAUGGUAUCUGGGAGCUACCGGAGGAGUGUGACUGUGGCGGCGAGACUGGCUGCAUGGAUCACCCCUGCUGCAACUCCGACUGCACCUUGAAGCCUGCGAACCGGGAGACGGAUCGGAGGGCGGCUCCGAAGGCGGAUCCAGGCAUGGGUCCGAAGGUUGGCCGGAUGGCCACCCAGAUGGUGAUCCUCACGGGCAUCCGGACGAUGAUCCUCACGGGCAUCCGGACGAUGAUCCUCACGGACAUCCUGAUGAUUGCCCUGGCAACCAUCCCGAUGGAAGUCAUCCAGCUGGCCACCUUGACACGGGUGAUUCGGAGUCCCUUCCUCUUGAGGACGACCCUAUGGAUGGCCCCCCAGGCAAUCACACUCGUGAUGGCAUCCACUCCGAUAUCUACGCCCCAGAUGGGGGCUUGCCCGACAGCCACGAUCCGAAUGUUCGCCAUCCUUAUGAAGUCGACAUCCAGCAUGAUCGCCACGAAGGUGUUCAUCCGCAGGAUGAUGGCAACAGUGACGGACACGUGGCGCGUGGAGGAUAUCUGGAUGAUGCGCAUCAUCUGGAGGAUGGCCGUCCGGAUGCCGAUGGAUACCUCCACGGUGGCAUCCUGGAUGAUGACCAUCUCGAUGGGGAUCAACUGGGGGAUAAUCAUCAGGUUGGUGUCGAUUGUCCCGAUGGCCAUGGCCAUUCCUCGGGCUGUGGUCAUGAUGAGGCCCACCAUCCAGGAAGCUUCGGCCCCGAAACAGAGCCCUUCCUACCGGAGGGGGAAGCAGCAGGGUAGUUGUAGUUUCGACGGGAAUACCGCUUGCUGCCAGAACUGCCAGAUUGUCCAGGACCCCACGCACGUCUGCCGCCCGAAGGCUGGCGAGUGUGAUGUUCCGGAGACCUGCCGGCCUGAGCAGUAUGGCGCCAUGUGCCCUCCGGACCUUUUCGUUGAGGAUGGUACCCUUUGUGAGGAGUCCGAAAUCGAGGUACGCAUCAAAUCCAGCAGUCUGUCUGGGGAUCUACCCCUUUUCUUUAUUGAGGCAAGCACACGAAGCACUCGCUAA